AUGGAGCCCGGGCCGGCGGCGGCGGGGACCGGGCCGGUGACGGCAGGGACCGGGCCGGCGGCGGGGAGCGAGGCGGAGGAGGAGGAGGAGGAGGAGGCGGCCGAGGCGCUGCGGCUGCUGCGGAUCGAGCCCUCGGCCGGGGACGAUCCCCGCGCGGAGCGGGCGGGCGGCGCGGCGGAGCCGGGCUCGAGGAACGCGCUGCGGAAGCGGCGGCGCUGGCAGCGCGUGCUCGCCGCCCGCCGCGGGAAGCGGCCCCGGGAGCGGCAGCGCCGCCGGGCGCGGCGGGCGGCGGCGGCGGCGGGCGGGGGCGGCCCGGGAGCGGCGCCCGGCAGCGGCCCCGCCGCGGCCCCGGCCCUCCGCCGCGGCAGGGGCCCGGCUGCCCUGGCCGCGGAGCGGCUGCGGGAGGCGCGGGCGGCGGGGCCCUGGCUCUGCGUGGACCUCGGCGUGGCCGGCGGCAUGAGCGAGAAGGAGAGUGGCCGGCUGGCGUCGCAGAUCCGCCGGCUGUAUGGGGCGAACCGGCGCGCGGCGCGGCCCUUCUGGCUGUGCCUGACCGAGUUCACGGCGGGGACGCCCAUCUACCAGCAGUGCUUCCGCAUGAACGACGGCUUCGGGGCGUACCUGAUGGACACAACCCCAGAGAGUUACCUGGACCUGUUUCCCUUGGAGGCCAUUGUUUAUCUCACUCCUGACUCUGAGAACGUGCUCGAGGACAUCGAUCCCAGCAAGGUGUACGUGCUGGGAGGGCUGGUGGAUGAGAGCAUCCACAAGCAGCUGACCCUGCGGAGGGCGCGGGAGCAGCGCCUGCAGACGGCCCGGCUGCCCAUCCGCGAGUACAUGGUGAGAGCCCCCAACGCCAGGAACUACCACUGCGAGACGCUGGCCAUCAACCAGGUCUUUGACGUCCUGUCCACCUACUACGAGACACGGAGCUGGCCAGCAGCCCUGAGGGCUGGAGUUUCCUCUGGGAAAGGCUACGUGCUGCCGGACGCAGGGGAGCAGGGGGACACAGCCCAGAGCGCCGCUGCUGCCCGAGGAAACUCUGCAUUGCGUGCUGAGGAGCUGCACAGGCAGGAAGCACCAGCGUGACUGUGCACAGGAGACAGCUCCUUCCAGCGGUGUGAGGAGCUCGCUGGAGCAACACCUUCUACCUCAGGAAUGCGGUGCUGGACAUCGCCCGUGCCCCCCAGCAGGAAGGGAAGGCCUGGCGGGGCCUGGGACCAAGUGAAAACUGACAGGAAUGCAGUUUUGCCUCUUUGCAGCUGUUUAUUUGUGACUCCUGCCCCUACGCUCGUUCUGAGGUGGGCAGGAGAGCUUUGGGGUGUGUUCUUCAUUUUAUUGAAACAGAGUAAGGUGAAGUUAGGGUUGCAAAGCUCUUGGGCAAGGGGAGCGCCCUGCCAUGGGGCAGGAGAGUGCUGCUCCUGCAGGAGAACAAGGGAUGGGGAGCAGCUCCCAAGGGCACUGCGUCCCAGCAGCUUAAACCCACCCAAGUUUGGUGAGCUGUUGAAGCCUUUGGCUAGUUGUAUGCAUCUAAUAUAAAAU